CUCUCGUUCGUCCUCAGUGUAGGAUAACGAAGAUACGCGCUCCUCUCAGGAGCAAAAACAGGUCACGUACAACAUCAUAUGAUUUAUUGACAGUCGGGACGGUCACAGUGUUCGCACCUCGUUUAAAGUCGGAGUAAUCUCGGAUCAAACUGAAGCUUGGACAAUUAUGGAUGCCAUCAUUCGCUGCCCAUUCCUGUCUCGUGUCCCCCAAACUUUCCUGCAUCAGGCUAGAAAGUCCUUGGUUGCGUACGCAGUGAAAUGUCCUGUCAUGAUGGACCUCGCCUCGAGGCCACUGGUCCGCUCUGUCUGCUCUUCCUCUGCCAGCUUUCAGAAGGUCGAGAAUACGACCCCGGCCAAUGAGGAACCUGAAGGGGCCCCCAAAGUACCUCUGGACCACCCCGCGCCUUCAGCAGGUCAACCUGCGGCCUCCAAAUGCCCCUUCCUGGCAGCCGAGAUGGGCCAGAAGAACAGCAGCGUGGUUCGGCAAGCUCGCAUGGAACUACAGGAAGACGUUUCUGAAGUUCGCACCGUGUGCAAAGAUGUCCCUCAAUCUGAGCUGAAACCCUUGGUCAAGGACACUAAGGUUGGAGGGAACCUCAUGAGGAAGCUGAUGAAACAACGGCCAACCAGCGUCUCUCACUUGCUGCAGGAGAACAUGCCCAAGACUGUCUCCAACUUUCGCUACGAUGAGUUCUUUGAGAAGAAAAUCGAGGCGAAGAAGAACGAUCACACAUACCGUGUGUUUAAAACGGUGAACCGCAGAGCCACCGAGUUCCCGAUGGCGGACGAUUACACCGAGUCCUUGUCCUACAAGAGGAAUGUUUCAGUGUGGUGCAGCAACGACUAUCUCGGCAUGAGCCGCCAUCCAUGGGUUGUGCAAUCUAUAAUGGACACGUUACAAAAACAUGGUUCAGGAGCUGGAGGGACUCGAAAUAUAUCGGGGACGAGUAAGUUUCACGUGAACCUGGAGCACGAGCUUGCCGAUCUCCACAAAAAAGACGCCGCCCUGCUGUUCACCUCCUGUUUCGUAGCCAAUGACUCUACGCUCUUUACGCUAGCAAAAAUACUACCUGGCUGUGAGAUCUAUUCAGACGCAGGCAACCAUGCCUCCAUGAUACAGGGCAUCAGGAACAGCGGCGCCAAGAAGUUUAUCUUCCGCCACAAUGACGCCAACCACUUGCGAGAGCUGCUGAUGAAAUCGGAUCCAUCCACUCCGAAGAUCGUGGCUUUUGAGACCGUGCACUCUAUGGAUGGCGCUGUGUGUCCUCUGGAGGAGAUGUGCGAUGUUGCCCACGAGUUUGGUGCUAUCACCUUUGUGGAUGAGGUCCAUGCCGUGGGACUGUAUGGAGCCAGGGGAGGUGGCAUUGGAGAUCGGGACAAUGUAAUGCACAAGAUGGACAUCAUCUCUGGAACUCUUGGGAAAGCGUUCGGGUGUGUCGGAGGUUACAUUGCUAGUACCAACGCCUUAGUCGACACCGUCCGUUCCUAUGCCGCCGGCUUCAUUUUCACUACCUCCCUCCCGCCCAUGCUGCUCGCCGGUGCCCGCGAGUCCAUUCAGAUCCUAAAGAGCGAAGAAGGUUGUGCGCUGAGACGAAAGCACCAGCGCAACGUGAAGCUGCUGCGUCAGAUGCUGAUGGAUACUGGCCUGCCUGUAGUCCAUUGCCCCAGCCACAUCAUUCCAGUCAGAGUUGCAGAUGCAGAGAAGAACACGGAGGUCUGUGACAUCAUGAUGAGCCGCUACAACAUCUACGUCCAGGCCAUUAACUAUCCCACAGUGGCACGUGGAGAGGAGAUGCUCCGGAUCGCCCCGACUCCACAUCACACGCCGCAGAUGAUGAAAUACUUUGUCGAUAAGCUAACUCAGACCUGGAAGGAGGUGGGUCUUGAGCUGAAGCCACACUCAUCCGCUGAGUGUAACUUAUGUCGACAGCCGCUGCACUUCGAGGUGAUGAGCGAGAGGGAGAAGUCUUACUUCAGCGGGCUCAGCCAACCUAUAUCAGCCUGCGGCUAACGCCCGCCUUCAUCCAGCAUUACACAUUCCACACAGAUAUAUUAGCGUCUAAAAUAUCGUAAAUUAUUGAGAUCACUAUUCCAUGUACGUCAAAUCCUGUAUGAGAAAAUAAAUCUGUAGAAAAAGGAUCGUGUAUCUAUGUAUUUUGUUAACAGAGAAUACAUUUGAGAAUUUUAGUAUUAAAAUUUAUAUUUAAGACAGAAAAUGUUAAAUCAGUUGGUCAAAUAGGUUUUAAAGGUGUUUUAAAGCGUUUUUUUGGAUUUUGAUGGAGGCUGGGCACUUUUCCUGAAUUUGAAUAAAGGCAUGACGCUACCUUUGGA